UGAAACAUUUUUGGAAAACGAAAGGCGCCAAACAGGACCCAUAAGAUAUUCCUUUUCUUAAGCGGCACUGUUCCCUAAACAUACAAUAUACUAUUCACCAAUCUUUUUUCCAACUACUAAUUAUUCCUUAAUCCUAACCUAAUCUAACUUCGCCGGCACAGAUUAAUGCUACCGUCGCUGCCGCCGUUCACUUUCUCCGGCAAUGAAAUCUCUCACUUCAACUUCAGCUCGACUUCUUUCUGCUUCUCCUUCCUUACGAUCUUCUCUCUUGCCAACUCUCCAUCGAGUUCGACUCCGCAACAAGCUUAAUCUGAGAAGAUUGAGGAAUGGAAUUUGCAGGGCGGAGUUUGCAAAUGAUGUACCUUAUGCGGCUGCUAUUGGUGCUUGCAUUUUCAGCUCAUGGGUAUUCCCGACUAUUUACAGUAAGGAUGAUGAUGGUGAAUCCGUGAUUGAUUCUGCUGAUGCGAGGUUUGCAGUCAUGGGAAUUAUCAGUAUCAUUCCGUAUUUUAAUUGGAUGAGUUGGGUUUUCGCGUGGUUGGAUACUGGGAAAGUACGUUAUGCUAUUUAUGCUCUUGUGUAUUUGGCUCCAUAUUUAAGCACCAAUCUGUCUCUAUCUCCUGAAGAUAGCUUGCUACCCAUUGCUAGCAUCCUCUUGUGCAUCUUCCACAUUCAGCUGGAAGCAUUCAAAAGAGAUGGAGACGUUCAGGUUUUGGAUAAAUUUACAGAGACUUCAAUUGCCACGAAGAAAGAUGAGGAAACAUACAAUCUUACAAAGUUGCCUUCAGCAGAUGAGAUCACGAGGCCGGAAAUUUCUGGAAGACAUGAAAAUCCUGAGCACUUGAAUGAAGAUGGAGAAGAUUUUACUUCUUAGUUGAAGGGAAGCACUAAAAUUUGCCUGUUUAAGACUAGAGUUUUGAUGAGCUGAAAGCCAAUCGUUGGAAGGAGAACAAUCAUAUGCUUGAGUGCAACUGUAGUUAGUUCACCGACCAAACGAUAAGCAAUCCUCUGAACACAACGGAUUGAUCUUAACGUGCUAUAUGAUUCAGCUCUGCACCAAAUAUCUGAAUGGUUUCUUAUCAAGAUUGACUCAAGGCAUACCAUCUUUCCACAAUUGUAUGACUGCCUCAUUUGUACUACCCUAGUAGUUUUGCUGGUUUUUUCCUCACGAUGUUUCUCUUCCUGAGUUCUACGUAUCAAGGGAAGCUUGUAUUCUUAGUAUUUUACGGCAAAUAAAGGUUCAUGCCGUAUUGGCAGGUCUCAGCUUAAAUUGUGUACUGUCAUCAUGAAUAAUUUUAUAUCAGUGUUUUUAAUCUGCAAUUCUUAAA